AUGAUUCAGACUCGGCCGCAUGCUCCACCCCACAUCCUGCUGCACCGCCGCCGGACCGAGUCCCGAAUAGUCCAAAUCCAGCAGAUCCUCCUCCACGUCGGAGGGCUUGGCUUCCUCCUGCUUCGACUUCGACCUACGCUCGCAAUCCCUGCUCCCGCUCCUACUUCACCACCACCGGAAUCCACAGUCGCUGGAUGUAUUUCUGCUUCAAAAACGACGCCCACGCUGCGCAUCACAUCGCUCCCGCGUCCCUACCGCUCGGCGACGCGUCCAGCGCCGGUCGCUUCUCCUCCGGCAGCCGAUUUUCCCAGAACGCCUUCGCUUUCUUGUUCCCAAUCUCCGCCGCCGCCGCCACCCACUCCGGCCGAAGCACUUUCGCCGUCGUGCUGUGCACCUCGCUGA